GAGGGUGCGUGUGCCGACCUAACGCGGGGCGCUGUCAUCGCUCAGCCUCUGCGGGUGCGGGGGUCGCUGCAGGGCCGGGCCACCUGCCGAGGAGCUCGGGCCGCGCAGGAAUCGGAUCCCGGAAGCCGCGCGCGCCGCCCGCCAUGAGCGGCUCCCUGCGGCCGGACCCCAGCCGCUGGCGACAGGCGGCCAGCGUAGUGCUGGCGGCUGGCUGGACGCGCCCGGGGACCGCCACCCAGCCUUCGCCCCCGCCGCCCGCCGAGGACUUCCGGCUGCUGCUGCUGCAGCGCUCCGGGCGACAAGGCUUCAUGCCGGGCGCGCACGUCUUCCCAGGCGGAGUGCUAGACGCGGCCGACCACUCGGCGGACUGGCUGGAUCUCUUCGCGCCGCACCAUGGGCCGCCGCGCUUCGGCCUGGGCCCGGCGCCGGUCCGCUGCAACGCCUUCCCGUCGCUGCCCAACGUCGCCGGCGACGGCAACGCCGACAGCAAGUGGACGCUGCCUGAGGACGUCGCGUUCCGCAUCUGCGCUGUGCGCGAGGCCUUCGAGGAGGCUGGCGUGCUACUGCUGAGGCCCAGGACUUCCCCGCCAGACCCAGCGUCCGGGCCAGGCCUGGCCCUCGAGCCGCCGCCCGGCCUGGCCGCUUGGCGAGCCCGCGUGCGCCGGGACCCGAGCCACUUCCUGCGGCUGUGCGAGCACCUCGACUGCACGCCCAACAUCUGGGCGCUGCACGACUGGAGCUGCUGGCUCACACCUUUCUGGCGCGGCGGCACUCGCCGCUUCGACACGGCCUUCUUCCUGUGCUGCCUGCGCGAGCCGCCGCCUGUCUACCCCGACUUGGCAGAGGUGGUGGGCUUCCAGUGGUCAUCUCCAUCAGAGGCGACUGAAAGUUUCUUAUCAAAAGAAAUCUGGUUGGCACCCCCACAGUUCUAUGAAGUGAGAAGACUUGCAAACUUUGCCUCACUCUCUGACUUGCAAAGAUUCUGCUUGGAUCGUGCAUUAGAAGGACGGGAAAGGUGGCUGCCGAUCACCUUGUUAACUGCUGAUGCGACGCUCCAGAUUUUACCAGGUGAUGAGCUAUACUUAGAAGAUUCAGACUUUUUUGAAAAUCUUAUGUCUAGAAAAAAGACUGAAGAAAUCAUGAAGGAAGGCAAGCAGUUUCAUCGGAUAGUGAUACACAGUCGCCAUCUCUAUGAUAUCCACGUGACUGUUCAGUCAAAGUAUAAACACGUUUAUCCUAAGACCUCUGUACUAAGUAAGAGCCAUUUGUAGGGUGCUCGAGCUUGUUUGUAAACUGGCUUUCUUGACGUCCUCAUGAAUAAUGAGGGUUGAAUUUCACUUGCCUGAAACUUAAGGAAGUUUGUGCCUAUAAAAGUUAUUGUAGGCCGGGUGCGGUGGCUCACGCCUGUAAUCCCAGCACUUUGGGAAGCCGAGACAGGUGGAUCAUGAGGUCAGGAGUUCAAGACCAGCCUGAACAUGAUGAAACCCCGUCUUUACUAAUAAUACAAAAAUUAGCUGGGUGUGGUGGCGCAUGCCUGUAAUCCCAGCUACUUGGAGGCUGACACAGGAGAAUCACUUGAACCCGGGAGGUGGAGGUUGCAGUGAGCCAAGAUGGCGCCAUUGUUCUCCAGCAUGGGUGACAGAAGGAGACUCCAUCUCAAAAGACAAAAAAGUUACUGUAAUGCAGUAUUUCUCUUAUUUUUAUUUUUUUUAUUUUGAGACAGAGUCUCACUCUUGCCUAGAGCCCAGGCUGGAGUUCAGUGGCUCAGACUCAGCUCACCACAACCUCCACCUCAUGGGUUCAAGCGAUUCUCAUGCCUCAACCUCCUGAGUAGCUGGGACUACAGGUGUGCGCUACCACGACCGGCUAAUUUUUGUAUUUUUAGUAGAGACAGAGUUUCACCAUGUUGGGCAGGCUGGUCUUGAACUCCUGACCUCAGGUGAUCUGCUUCCCUCGGCCUCCCCAAAUGCUGGGAUUACAGGCAUGAGCCACUGCACCUAGCAUGGUGUUUCUUAUGUCACGUGUUUUAUGGUGCUUUCUUGCUUAUUUUAUUCUUUCAAUCUUACAGUAUGCCACAUAUAUGAAGUUUAUAAAGUAUUAAUGAUCUUGUUAACCAAACAAGAACAUGAUUUCACAAGGGUUCCUACUUCUGUAUUAUUAUUUCAAAAAUUUAAAUAACAUGUUCUGCUGCCAUUAUGGUUCUUGCUGUCCACUGUAUUAGCACCUUCCCUCAUGUGCUUUGGAGGUUGAUGAAUUUGUGAGACUUUCUGCUGGAAUUACUUUAAUGGUGUCUUAUUAGAUGGUGAAAAGCAGACUGAGACAGCCAUCAAGUGACCAUGUCAUUGUUUUCUUGCUAUGUUUUUAGCUUAAUGAUUAAGAUACAAUUCUUUUUAAAACCAAAUGACAGUUACUGUGUUUCACAAAUUAAAAAUCUAUUUUUGUUAACAUUUUAUUUUAUUGUAUUUUUUUUGAGAUAAAGUCUCACUCUGUUGCCCAGGCCAGAGUGCAGUAUGGCAAUCUCAGUUCACUGCAACCUCCGCCUCCUGAUAUUCCUGCCUCAGCCUCCUGAGUAGCUAGGAUUACAGGUGCCAGCUACCACACCCAGCUAAUUUUGUUUUUUGAGAUGGAGUCUUGCUCUGUUGCCGGGUUGGAGUGCAGUGGCACGAUCUCGGCUCACUGCAACCUCCACGUCCCGGUUCAAGCAAUUCCCCUGUCUCAGCCUCACCAGUAGCUGGGACUACAGGUACAUGCCACCACACCUGGCUAAUUUUUUUUUUAAUUUUUAUAUUUUAGUUGAGACGGGGUUUCAUCAUGUUGGCCAGGAUGGUCUCAAUCUCCUGACUUCAUGAUCCACCUGCCUCAGCCUCCCAAAGUGCUGGGAUUAUAGACAUGAGCCACCAUUCCCAGCUUAAUUUUGAUAUUUUUAGUAGAGAUGGGGUUUCACCAUAUUGUCCAAGCUGGUCUCGAACUCCUGACCUCAGGUAAUCCACCUGCCUCGGCCUCCCAAAGUGCUGGGAUUACAGGUGUGAGCCAUCUCGUCUGGCCCAGUUAACAUUUUAAAGAAACACAAAGCCAUAACCAAAACCAGCAUUGUGUUCGGAGCAUUAAUGAAUGUAAAGAGGUUAGAAAUGUAGUGUGCGAUUAAUGAUACUUAUUUUUACUAUGUUUAAUAUGAGUAAUUUUUCAUCAUCUUUAAAGAGGAAUAAUCUUUAUUGAUUAAAGGUGAGAAAUGAUAGUUAAGACCUUUGACUGUAUUAUGCAUUGUACAGCGGAUCUCAUUUUUCAUGAAAUGCCUUAGUUUUCCUACUACAACAUAAAGAGAAUGAUGAAUAAAGUUUAUGUGCAUUAUUUAA